AUGAAGGUGAUCCCGAGCGUCCUUGCCCUCGGUGCUUUUGUUGCUGCCCUGGUCUUCAGCCCCGAGACUGCCUGCGCCGAUGUCGUGGAAGCUGUUCCUGGAACUGAGCUUUUCGAGCAGUUCCGUCCGGUUUACCACUUCCAAGCUCGCGAAAAGUGGAUGAACGAUCCGUGCGCGCCGUACUAUGACGAGGCCACCGGUCUGUAUCACAUGUUCUACCAGCUCAACCCGAAUUCAACGAUCUGGGGCAACAUGACCUGGGGCCACGCCGUGUCAAAAGACCAGGUGACUUGGGAGGAUUACCCAGAUGCGCUCCACCCGUUCGAGGACAAGUGGGACAACCUUGGUGUGUUCUCGGGUUUCGCCAUGAACAAUGCUAUCGACGGUAAGCACACCGUCUUCUACACGGGUGUCACUGCUCUCCCCAUUUCGUGGAAGAAGGAGUAUCUCUUUGGUGAGCAUGUCGUGUACGCUACCACGGACGAUGGCGGAAAGACCUGGCAGAAGGGCAGCGAGCCUUUGAUCGAGCUGCCGCCGCAGGGUCUUAACGUGACCGGCUGGCGUGACCCGAUGCCGGUCCACUCGAAGUCACUUGACGCCCACUUUGGUCAUGACGCCUCAAACGGCAGCAACUACCUGUUGGUGGCUGGAGGUAUCCACGACGUCGGCCCCCGCAUUUUCCUGUACCACGCUGAAGACUACAUCAACUGGGAGUACAAGGGCUUCCUACUCGCCCAGGAGAAGAACACGACGUUCUCCAAGUACAGUGGAAGCUGGGGUUUCAACUUUGAGACCACCAUUUACCGUGAGAUGACGGAUGAGGACGGUGAGCUCCACAAUGUGAUGCUGUUCGCCGCUGAGGGCGACCCGAACCGGUACCCGAUGUGGGCCACAGGUUCAUUUUCUGGUGGUGGCUGCGGCGUGGAGGUCGAUCCUGAGGCGGGACUAUUCACGCCUCUGAUGGUGGGCGUGUCGGACCGUAGUGACUGGUACGCUAACAGCAUCUACACCGACAAGGACGGGAAGGACGUCCUGAUCGGCUGGAUCACCGAGGACAACAACUUCACCACGGGACAGCCUCAGGGAUGGGACGGUAUCCUGUCGGUGCCCCGCGAGGUAGGUAUCACCAUUGUGCGUGAUAUCUAUGACGUCGACGAGCACCUGGUCGAUGAACGCGACGCCGAGAGACACCAUCCUGGCCUGGUCAUAUUUAUGCUGUUUGUAUGUCGACAGUGUUGA